AUGAUUGACGUGCGAUGGUCUCAAGGUAACCGUACGGCUACCGUGUGGCAACCGUACAGUUGCCGUGCGAACUCCAAAAAUCGCAAAGAAAUCGCAAAGAAAAUGAGCAUGUUGAAAAGCCAGCUUGCGACGUCUGCGGCGUUGAGAAUUUGUACGGAAGUCUUGCGGAGUCCGCACGAAGUCCUGCGAUUUGUCAAAAUGUUCCCGUACGGCUGUCGUGUGCAAUCCAACCCCGACAUUAAACGAUACGAACUGCUGACAAUAAACGAGAAUAUUGACAAAACGACCAAGACUUUAACAAUAGGAAUGGCCUGUCCGAGAUCCGAUUACAUUUAUGAUGACACCACAGGAAGGUGUCACAAGAAGCAUGAUGACGCUAUGACCUGGGAUAAGGCCAGUGACACGUGCUCAGAGGACGGGGGGCACCUGUUGACACUUGACACAGCGGCCGAGUACAACAUCAUCCUACUCCUAGGAUUGUCACAGGAGCUGUGGAUAGGAGCGACAGACAAAGCUGUUGAGGGAGAGUUCCGCUGGUUGGUCUCUGGAGAUAUUUUACCACAAACUACACCAUGGAACACGAACCAGCCUGACGGUGGAGAUUCUGAGCAAUGUGUCACUGCUUUUGUCAAAACCAUCAUAGCAAGAAAAGCUGCACCAACUAUCUCAUCAGAAGUAAAGUUAAAUGACGCAGCGUGCACGAAGAUUUUAGAAUUUAUCUGUGAGUUGUGA